CACGCGUGAAGCAGUGAGGGCUAUGGUGGGAGAGGAAGCACGCAGACCUCCAGCGAGUUUAGUAACUGUGACCGACGUGCUGCCGUGUACCCUGUGAGGAGAAGAUGUCCGUGAACGAGGUGUACGUGUUCCGACCCUUCAAGCUCAUCGCUCUGCUGUGCGUCUUCCUGGCGCUGUGUCUGGACGUGGUGGCUCUACUCAGUCCAGCCUGGGUCACCGCGGAGCAUUUCUCCCUGUCUCUGUGGCAGUCAUGCUCCCAGUCGGUGGCUCGGCAUCCCACGGACGAGCCCCAGUGGAGCUGCUUCUCCACCCUCACAUCUGACUGGCAGAUCGCCACCCUGGUGUUGCUAGGUGUCGGUGCAGCCAUGACUCUGGUGGCCUUUUUGGUGGCCCUUAUUUCCCUGUGCAGGGGCACGCAAAGACAACACUACCGCACUGUGGCAGUAUUCCUCUUCACUGCAGUGGUUCUGCAGGCCUGUGCUCUGGUCCUCUACCCGAUCAAGUUCAUCGAUGGAACGGUCCUGCAGACUUAUCACGAGUUCAACUGGGGCUACGGGCUCGGCUGGGGGGCCACCAUCUUCAUGCUGGGUGGAGGAAUCCUCUUCUGCCUGCGGACGGACAUAUACGAGGAUGCAAUGUACUAAACUUUGUCACCCCUCUCUGCUCUGCUGGAAAUCCUUAAGAGGAGAUACAGACCCUACGUGUCCAUUUCCCUUGCUGUGUUAUUCUCGCCGUUAUUUUUAGAUAGGUUGUGAAGGCCUAAUUUAGGCCAGGGCUGUAGGAGUAGACUGCCCUCCCCCCUGCACCACGCUGUCCCAGCCCUGCCGGUAUCGGGGGCGAGGUGGCAAAGCUAAAGCGCAGAGAGCUUUCUGGACACGCUUGAGCCACCGACGCUGGACGUUUCCACUGAAUCUCUAUUGUUAGAGAGGAAAGCAGAUUCUCAGCACAGGCUUGAAUGUGCAGUGGCUGAAUAUUUAAUAGGACUGACUGAUCACAUUUCCUUUUAUUUUUGUAGCUUUUCAUGAGGAUAAAAACUAGUUGUCAGUUUAUUUAUGGCAUGAUUUCCCACUUUAUAGGAAUAGUGAAAACCUCACUUCCUCUCAUGUGUUAGCCAAAACAUAUCUAGUAACUGUAAAUUACUCAGCUUUGACAUAUGCUAUUGAGUGUUCAUACUUUUGAUAUUUUUUUUUCUUUUAAUGACACCAGUUUGUCUCAAAUGGAAAAAUGUAAAUGUGUAUAAAGUAUUUCUACAUGAAGAAUUCUGAAUAAAUAAUUGUAGUUUUGGGAGCAUUUGGAGUGUAAAUUGUUGCUUUCAGUAUCAAAGGUGACAUGCGGACACUCUCGGCUUACACGCUGACCUUUGACUCACUUUUUUUUUUUUUUGUAAGACGGAACCGCCCCUUUAUAGACUGGACAGCAGGGAGACAAAAAUGCAAACCACUUUCAUUAUUGAGAGGACACAUUCCUCAAAGGAAAACAUCCCAGGCUAUUUAAAGAGGCAGCACCAGCUCAGAGUUAUGGUUUUUUUUUUAUUUUAUGUUUUUACUUUUUAGUUUUUAAGUCCAUGUAGUUUCAGUUAGUUCCCAGAGCAGAUUUUCUUGUUUCACUUUAGUUUUCAUUGUUUCAAUGUUUUUGUUUUUAUUAGUUUCUGUGUUUGUUUCAGUCUUUCCAGUGAUUAUUGUAUGGAGGCGAUAUCUCAGAGCGAACACUCACAUUUCUUCUAAUAUUUAGUUUCUUAAUAGCCUUCUUAAUGUCUUGUCUGGCAGCUUCUGCAAUCAGAAUUAAGAACCGAAUGCACUGCUGUUUCAAACACAUUUGCUUUUACAUGACGAGCUCUAUAAAUUCUCUAUGGGCUCCUCUUGUUCAUGUUUACUGUUUAUUUAUUCAUUCUCAUUAUUAUCAUUUUUAUUAUUACUCACAGUGGCUAAAAUAAUCAUGUCAAAGUUGACAGGCAGGAAAAAACACAAAAGUGAGAAAAAAGAAACUGGGAGAAACAGGAGGAAAUCUAAUAAAGAAGACAGAGUACUGGAUGCUUUCCUUUGUUACUUGUACUCAAAACAAAUGCUAAAUUGAACUAAUUUAAAAAUAUAUCAAUUUUCCAUUUUAUUGUAUCCAUUGUAAACUGUUACAUUUAAUGGAAUCUGGUCAAAUGAAAUGUACUUGAUUGGUAUAGAUUAAUGGAAAUA